AUAGAAUUCAGUGAUGAGUGUCCAAUGUCGGUGUGCACGCAACGGAAAACGCUUCUUGUUUAACAUGUGUUUUUCAUGUUCUUCAACAGCAACAAUGGCAUAAUUCAAAAGUCAGCGCCGGUGCAGCAGCAUGGAUAAACCUCCCAGUAUGCUAUCUGAUGUUUUUCAUCUCAAAGAGGAAUUCAUUAGACUCUAUGAGAGAGAUCACCUUGAACUCCAGCAGUGCAUAAAGAGACUGAGUCAUCUCGUUAAAACUUUUGAAGAAGAUUUCAGAUGUGCUACUGAAGCAUCCAUGAUCGGAGGAAUAGCAGGAAUAGUUGGAGGGGUCGCCAUGAUUGCAGGAUCAGCUUUAGCUCCGUUCACUCUGGGGGCUUCAGCUGUUGUCGGUGGAGCAGGAGCGGCGGUGGCCGCAGUUGGUGAAAUCGGUGGUGAAUUCUUCAACGCCUUGAAAAUGAUCCACCAGGAAAAUAUAUGUCAAAACAUCAAAAAUGGACUUGAAGAAUUUCAGAACAAAAUCAAUCCUAUGAUUGACAUUUUGAAAGACAUUUGUCAAUGCACUAAUGAAAUAUUGAGCCAAUUUAAUACAUCAGAGUGUGAUAUCAGUGCUUUUAGUAAUUGUGUUGCCUCCGCCAGUGAAUUAAUAUGUAAAUAUGACAUUGGUAAAGCGGCUGCACAGUUGUCUAAAUCGACUAGAAACCUAGAAGAAAUUCUUGCUGGUCUUGUGCACAACAUUCACUCUGUUAUCAAUGAUAACGUGGCCCUCGAUGACAUGGACAAUCUUGCAAAAAAUGGCCAAAUAAGUGAAAGUGAGAUCAACUCCAAUGCUGGUAAAUUCAUUGUUAAAAUGAGGAAAGUAAUUGAUGAGUUACAGAACAUCAUGGAUGAGCUUAAGAAAACAAAAGACAUAAUUGAAAAAGAAUUAAAACCAGUAAGAUCUUUAUUGACAAGAAUGUUUAAGUUUUACAUUCCCUUGCUAUGUGUUCUGUUAAUCGGAAUUUUAUUUGCAUUUAAAUUCAUAGGUCCUGGAACAACAGCAGUUAUUUGGGCAAGUUAGUGGAAUACAGAAAGGUAACAGCACAAUGUUCAAUCUCAGUCAGGAUUCCAUCCGAUUAUUUUGAUGAAACAUUUCAGAAAAGGUUGUCGUACGAAUAAACUCUGUAUUUUUUAAUAUAAUAGGUAUGUAUAUUAUUUUGUAAAGUGAUUAUUUUUGGUUUUCUUAUGUUUUGACGAGUGAUCUGUUUUUGCUUGUAUUGUUUGUAUUGAGAAGCAGCACUAAGGAUUAACUGCUUGAGACUGUUCACGUGUGUUUGAGUUGUCCACACGUGAGAUUGAAAUUGCUGUGUGACGCAGUUUAGGCAGAGACAUCAUUUUGGGAAGAUUCAAGUUUCCAGAACAUUUUGUUACUCUGCCAUCCGAAUGACAUUUCAGUUUGAUUAAUCUCCAGUUUGAUCCAUUUCAUUUUGGAGCAUUGAAGUUGAGUAGACUUUAAAGUUAGCUGCUUCAUUUUCUGUCUCAAGUUCAUUUCAACGCAAGCUACAUCAAAUGUGGAUCUCUAUUCAUCAUUCUAUGGACUGGUAUUUUCACAGUUUAUUUUAUUUUAUUUUUGAACUGCAGAAAAGUGAACUGUGACAGUUCAAGUGAACUGAGAAAGCUAAAGUGAGCUGUGAGUGAACAUUUAAAAGAACAUUUCAUUUAAGUGCUCAUUUUGAAAUGAGAUUUCAUUGUGUAUGAAAGUGAUCUUUUGUGGUGAGAACUUAUCUUAAGUUUUGUUUACUUUGGGAAUCAUUACAAGGCUUUUUCAGUUUUGAGGUAUGGUGGAUCCAAAAUGGUCAAUAUUCAUACAUUUUAUUCAUAUUUCAUUUUAAUCAUUUAUGGCUUAUGAUUUAUCAACAUUAUCUUUGAUUUCAUAUAUGCGUGUACUCCUACUCCAUAUAUUAAUCCUCAUCAUAUUUUCAAGUAUUUACUCUUUAUUGUACUCAUUUACGGUUAUUCUUCAUUGUAUCUUCUUGUAUCUUUAAGAGUAUGUAUGCUUGCUUGUUACGUCCCCUGGUGGCGUAGAGGUAUGAGGAAGACGUACAAAAUAAAAAAAUUUAAACACAA